AUGAAUGAGUUGCGGGCUUUUAGGCAAGAGAUAAAAGAGGCAAACUGUGAUUUUCGUCGGCAAUUGGAGACUUAUUCGGAGUGGAUCGUGGACAACGGUAAAAAGAUCGAAGAGGUAAAUAAAAAAGUAAAUGCCCUUGUGAAAGAUGUGGAAUUGUUACUUCAGGAAAACACUAACUUGAAAAAGAAUAUAAUAGAAUUAACCGAUCGAGUAAACAAUUUGGAACAAACUCUGAGAGACAAGGUUGUAGAAAUACACGGAGUACCUGCAAAAAAAGGCGAAAAUUUGAUCAGUGUGGUUGAAAAAAUGUCAACGGUGAUUAAUUUCAAUUUUGAUCCGACAAUGAUUGACAACUGCUACCGAUAUAAAAUUGCGACUGGCGAAGCUGGAAGAUCUGGAGGUAUAGUUGUGAAGUUCACACGGAAGAUGGACAUGUUGGAGUUUCUGGCUAAAAGAAGACAGAAGAGGAACUUGAACUCACGGGACUUGGGUUUCAUGGACGGUGAGGUAACACCAAUGUACGUGAAUGAAAGUCUAACACCAGCUAAGAGGAAACUUCUGAAUGCGGCGCGCGUCAUCAAGAAAGAAAAACAGUUCACCUUCCUGUGGGUUAAGAAUGGCCGGAUCUUCAUGAGAAAAACUGAAGGAGAGCGCUUUGUCAUCAUCGACAGUGAGAAGGAACUCGGUAAGCUUGAAUGA